AUGUUGGAUAACCGACUCAACAGCUUGAGACCCAAAUUCUUGGAGCAACUGGAUCUGAGCGACAAGUAUGGAUUUGUGAGACUCGGCACAAAAGAGGAGUUUCUCGAUUUGCGUCAUCAGUUUGUGCAUGGUUCGUAUAUUCAGCUUGUAUCUGAACGGUCUAGACCCGAAGCAUUCAUUGACAGGUCAGCACCUGAGGAGUUUGUACUGACUGACCCUGGUAUUGUUGACAUAAAAACUGUCAAAGUGGGUAUUAUCUACCGCCUGGAAGAAUCAUCCAAACUUGGACUUUAUUCGACAAAAGUAUGGAAAGAGUGGGGUGCUAUUCUCACGGCCUCGCAGCUCUAUCUAUUCAAGGAUGUUGGGUGGAUCAAGUCAGUUUUGAUCAAGCAAGAAACAGCCUCUCAAACGUCAGCUGUUGAUUCGCACACGUUGGGAACCAGCAUUAUCAGAGUUCCAAUCGAUGGGUUUCACCCUAGCGUUGUAGUGUCAACCAAAAACAUGGUGGCUUUAACUAGCUACCUCUCUGAUCGUCAAAAGCAUUCAUUCUUUGUUGGAUCUGGAUCUUCUGCAGAGACGAAAGACUGGUUUGCAGCUGAAUCCAAAUCUGAAAUGAAUGACUGGAUUUUGAAGAUCAACUAUGCAUCGUCCUUUAACACAUAUCACAUUGGCAUCCACGGGAUCAGUAACUCUCACACUGAUUUGAAGCACCGACGACACCAGAGUCAGCCAUCGGGUUCAUCUUUGACAGAACUAGCUAACGUAACCAGUAACGGAAGAUCAUCUGCAGAUGUGAAUGAUGAAAAAACCUUCACUACUGAUACAAUAGAUGAAGCUACUGCUGUUAGGGCAGAUGAUGAUGCUUCUUUGGAAGUUUUCGCUUCUCAAAAACAUCGCGAACGAGUGAUUGCUGUUAAACGCAAAAUCAGUAAAAUUGUCAAAGUUCUCGCCGAAAAGGAAAAAGAGCUUGAAGCAGAUGUUAGAACCGGCCGUCAUUUGAAACUACUGGCUCCUAUUCAACCUAGAACUAGGGAAUCGGUAACGGCAGCAGCUAGACUAUUGAUCAAACGACUGGACACUAGUCUUAUCAAUAGAAAGAGACUACAAUGUUACCAUAGUUUGUUUGAACUGGAGCUUCAAGUUGAAACUGACUUCUGCAUGGAACUGGGAAUUGACAUUGAUGAGCUAGAUAACGACAAUGGUGAAGAAGUUGACGAUGUAAACUUAGAAGCAGGCACAGAAGACAAGAUUGAAAGUCCUUCAGAGUCCGAUAAGUCUGGUCCUGAGGAAGAGUCAACCGACAAUGCUGACGAGUCCAGAUCAGAGCCUGAACAGGCAGAGUUGGGUCCUGUUGUUGAGGACGGAGAAGGUACUACGGGCGACAAUAAAGAUGUCAGCAAGUCAACCGAGGAGCUUCCAACCGUCGAAUUACUACCACCUACUAGCACUAGUACUGAUGGUCAAGCCAGACGUAGCUCUGACUCGUCAUUUAUAUUUCAGACAGUGUCGGCAGAUAACGACAGUAUUAGUGACAGCCUUGAAAUCAUUUCCACCAUUAAGAAAAGUACUGAUUCUACGAGUUCAGUUGACAAGCUCAAGGAUAAAUUGACCAUUCCCAAAAGAUCUAGAAGUUCUUCACCAAGACGGGAGGACAAAAACAACAACAACAGUGAGGCACCACCGGCUAAAGAGAGCGGUAAUCAGCGUAGCGUGUCGUUGAUUCGUAAGACAAAUGAUUUCACACUUCUGGGUAAGAAAUUCUCAGUCGUAGAAGUAAACCCCGAAUUUGCUGCAACUCCGAACCACAAUAGAACCACUUCUCAGAGUGUAAAUUACGAACGCAGCAGUUCAGUAGGCACCUCCAUCAAUGAGCUGGAGCCAUCGCCUUCUCUUCAUUCAGCGCUAUCGUCUCUUUCUUGA